GUCAGUCGACGGUUUGCCGGCGAACAGUGCGGAUGCGCGCGUGUUGUGUGGUAUCUCGCGACGAGGCGAAGUAAUCGCUUGCGAAGUAAAACGCGGAACGCGAGAGAAAAGAGAGAAGCGAAAUUUUCUUCGCGUAUAUAUCGCGCUGGCUGUCGUCGUUGACCGGUGUUGACGGUGUCUACGAUUCGCGCACAGCCGCCGCCACCGCCGCCGCGGACAGAGGCGUCUCUCCCCCGUCCCGCUUCGCUCGGUCCAGCCCGUUUACCCCCACCAACUCGUCUCGUGUAGUCGUCGUCGUCGUCGCCGCCGCCGCUGCCGUCCCGGUGUUCGAGCAGCGCCGCGGCGGUUCCCCUCUAUUGAUCGAAUUUGACCUGCGAAGUUUCCCCUAGCGCGUGUGUGCAGUACAGUGGCGGCCGGCAGUGGCUCUCGCGCUCGCGUUCCCGAGUGGUGCGGUUAAAUAAUCGUGAAUAGCCUCGGUAUGGCCGUGCCCACGGCUUGCACACGAUUCAGUGACAACUACGAUUUGAAGGAGGAACUCGGCAAAGGUGCCUUCUCCGUGGUUCGACGAUGCGUGCAAAAGAGCACCGGACACGAAUUCGCUGCGAAAAUCAUAAACACCAAAAAGCUCUCAAACAGAGAUUUCCAGAAGCUCGAGCGUGAAGCGCGGAUAUGUAGAAAACUUCAGCAUCCAAAUAUCGUGAGAUUGCACGACAGUAUACAAGAAGAAAACUUCCAUUAUCUCGUCUUUGACCUAGUCACCGGCGGAGAACUGUUCGAGGACAUCGUCGCCCGGGAAUUCUACAGCGAGGCCGACGCCUCGCACUGUAUUCAACAAAUCCUGGAAAGUGUUCAUCACUGCCACCAUAACGGAGUUGUACACCGGGAUCUCAAACCCGAAAAUCUGCUCCUCGCGAGCAAAGCGAAAGGGGCGGCUGUGAAACUGGCAGACUUUGGCCUGGCGAUCGAGGUGCAGGGAGAAGCGCAGGCAUGGUAUGGUUUCGCGGGAACGCCCGGCUACCUCAGCCCGGAAGUGUUGAAGAAAGAGCCGUACGGGAAACCGGUCGACAUCUGGGCGUGCGGUGUCAUCCUGUACAUCCUCCUCGUCGGCUACCCGCCAUUCUGGGACGAGGAUCAGCAUCGACUUUACGCGCAGAUCAAGGCCGGAUCGUACGACUAUCCGAGUCCAGAAUGGGACACCGUCACGCCGGAAGCCAAGAACCUUAUCAAUCAGAUGCUGACGGUGAAUCCAGGAAAGAGGAUCACUGCCAGCGAGGCACUGAAGCAUCCAUGGAUCUGCCAACGUGAGCGUGUCGCAUCCGUGGUGCACAGACAAGAGACCGUGGACUGCUUGAAGAAAUUCAACGCAAGGCGCAAGUUAAAGGGCGCUAUACUGACGACCAUGUUGGCGACGCGGAACUUUUCCAGUAAGUAUGAUGCACAGGGUCGAAGCAUCAUCACGAAGAAGGGCGAUGGCUCUCAAGUGAAGGAAUCCACCGAUAGCAGCACAACGAUUGAAGACGAUGACGUUAAAGAGGAUAAGAAGGGCGGCGUCGACCGGAGCAGCACGGUCAUUGCCAAAGAACCCGAAGGUACACCUCCGAGCAGCCCCGCGACAAUGUCCGCGUUCUCCAGGGCGGUCGGCGCAGCCACGAGCAUUCAAGCGAACAAGCAGGCGGCGGCGGCGGCGGCGGCGACGGCCCCGAACCAGACUCAGGCCCAGAUCCCGGUUGUCAGUACGGGCAACCCCCUCGGAAUUGCCGCGGUUCUCCUUCAAGGUACCCAAGCUGGCAGCGCAGGAGGCGGUAGCAGCAGCGGUGGCAGCAACAACAGCCAAAACAGCCAAGCUGGUGUGUCGCCGCCGUCGCCGGCCAACCUCCACCAAGCCAACAACGGCAGCAACGGGCCGACGGCAUCGCGACGCCAGGACUCCUCGGCCAUCGCGCGCCGACAGGAAAUCAUCAAGAUGACCGAGCAGUUGAUCGAGAGCAUCAAUACCGGAGAUUUCGAGGCGUACACGAAAAUCUGUGAUCCACACCUGACCGCGUUCGAGCCGGAGGCUCUAGGUAAUUUAGUCGAGGGAAUGGAUUUCCACAAAUUUUACUUUGAUAAUGCAGUCCUGGGGAAGAACUGUAAGGCCGUCAAUACGACGAUCCUGAAUCCCCACGUUCACCUGCUUGGCGAGGACGCCGCUUGCAUCGCGUACGUCAGGCUGACACAGUACAUGGACAAACAAGGCGUAGCGCACACCCAGCAGAGCGAGGAAAGCCGCGUAUGGCACAAGAGGGACAACAAGUGGCAGAACGUGCAUUUCCAUCGAAGCGCGGUGACGGGCCCGUCGCCGUUCUUCAGUCACAAAUAAAUCGGCCGUGGUCCAGCCCGUUGCUCUCGGUGGACGCUCGUUAUCCCCGAUCGAGCGCGUAUGAACGAACGUUAGGAACAUGGAGCACACGACGUACCCGAGCGUUUUCUCGCGAUACGAUUGUACACAUUCAACACACACACACACACACACACACACACACACAUUAAUAUACAUACAUAGCCACGUGCAGAUACACGUGCGCAAAGACGGAGUUACGAAGAAAAUACACAACGAUAUAUAACGUGGUGUCUGAGAGAGAAGAUAUUGAAAAGUAAAACGAAUACAAGGAAAUAUAAUACAAAUACACGUACACACUUUCUCCCUCCCUCUCUCUCCCUCCCUCUCUCUCUCUCUCUCCCCCUCCCUCUCUCUUUCUUUCUCUCUCUCCAUACAUAUACACACACGCACACACACACACGUGCGCGCGCGCGCGCGCGCGUACACACCCUUAACAAGUAGCAGAAAGCGCGACAAAAACCAAAAGCAGCAAGAUGCCGCAAUCGCCGGCGCGUAUUAUUCGCUCCAGUACCUGCUCAGCGUACUUACCUACACUUUUACGCGUGCACCGCGCCACGUGUGCCUCAGCCUCGAAGGGGGAACCACGCGAAAGCGGAAUCAUCGGUAGCACGAAAAAACCGAAUCCAUCGUUCAAUCGGCUCGAUCAGUCGGUCGUUCAGUCAAAUGAAUCGAUCGAUCGGUCGAUCGAUUGUUCAACGAGUACCGAGGAUGCGAGGCAGACGGACACGCAGACGGUCCGUUGUCGGUUAACGCGAAGGAAGAGACGGUGGAAAGGAGAGAGGGGGGAGAGAGAGAGAGAGCGAGAGAGGGGGGGGAGAGGAAAGAAAAGUAAAAAUAUUUCGCUGCAUGUGCGUCCACGUCUCAUCGAUCGACGAAAACGACACGAGAGAGAGUGUCCAUCCGAGAGAUCGGUCCUUUGCCGAUCCACAAAUACAGAGCAUCGUGAUGCGUCCGAGGGUUGAAGUAGAGGAGAGGAUGCGGAGGAGAGUAUUGAGGAGAUGGAGCGAGAUCGGCAGACGGAUGCGUAAUAUAAUCGCCGCAACGGCAAACGGCAAAUAUGAACGGGGCAAACGGAUCCUGGAUGGAGGGUAAUCGGGGGGUCACGGGGUAGAUCGAUGAGAGGAUAAUGGAAACGUGAGCGCGAGCAAACGCGACCGCUCGCCAUCGAUGCUGGACGUCGAUAUGGACGACAAUGUCGUAUAGAGGAGGAGAAGGAGGAUCGACAAAGACCGCGGUUGACCGAACUGGGAAGAGAAAGAUUCACGCAAGGAUGGCGCGAAUGAGGCGAGGUCCCCCAAGUCGCGAAAUUGUACUCGCCGAGGUCGGUCUGACGAGUCUUCUGACGAGUCUGAAUCAUACCGUUGUACGAAAUGGACCGCAAAAUGAAACCAGAAUGUGAAUAACGAGCUAUCGUUCUACGUCAACAGAGAGAGAGAGAGAGAGAGAGAGAGAGAGAGAGGGGGGGAGAACAACGACGUAAUCGGAAAUACUUGAAACAAGGACGAGCUGUGAAUUAUCGCGUGAAAGAAAUCACCGGGUACGUCCUCAUGUACUCCACGUGACCGCUCAAUGAAUAUUGAAUGAGCCACAAGAUGACUUUGAGAAAAUCAGAAAUGAGGAACGGUAUCGCGUAGGAUGCGAUGGGCGAGAGACAUCGUUUCUCGCUAGAGUAAGGGGUGCAGUUGAACAGUUGACGGGGACAAUGUAGGGACGCAGGAAGAGGAAGUCGAGCGACCGAGGUCGACCCGGAUCGAUGCUGGGCAUCGACACGGGGUCAGCGACAGCGGUUGAGAUAGAACGAGAAGUGGAGUUGGAGGAGGAGAAGUAGUAAGAGGAGGAGGGCGGGGAGAUGAUAUCGAAAUGCUGGGAGAGAGAGAACGAGGGAGGAAAACGAAGGCGGCGCCACAGUGGUGUACAACGUGGGACGGCAGGGUGGAAUUGCGGUCGAAAAGCUCGCCGUGGUGAGCGAAUGAAAAGAGAACGAUGCCGCAUCACGUCUCGUAUUUAGUCGACGCAUAGCGUCGCGGCGGGACAUUCUUCCAGGUGAUUCCUUUAUUCGGCUUUCUCUCUCUCUCUCUCUCUCCUCUCUUCCCCCCCCCCCUCUCUCUCUCUCUCUCUCUCUUCCCCCCUCUCUUGUCGCUCGCAGCAACAGCGAGCUGCUGCAUCGAUGUGCGCGCGCGCACGUACGAGAGAGGUGAGAAGUAUGCGUGUAAGUCGGCGCAUCCGCAGCGAGAUGCGAGAUCGUGGAUCAUGAAUCAUUGCGUGAGAGACGUCUCGUUUUUAUUACUUCAUUAACGAUAAGACUUUACCUCGAAGUUAGGCUUCUCGAAUAGCUAGGUUCGCGUGGCGUGGCGCGCAUUUUCGCGACGCUCUCUACAUUACUAGAGCUCCGUUGUCGUCCGCGGGUCUCUCUCGCGUCGUACGGCGCGACGCGCGAGUCGGUCGUACGACAGAGAAAUAAAAUUGCGAUAUGUACAUGCGUCGGGUUGACGGCAUUCUCUGUAAGAUGAAAAAAAAAAAGAAGGAAAGAAACGGUCUCACGGUAGUGUAAAGGGAAGCGUGGAACGUAUCGGCGACGCGAACGUACACUUUAAUAUCUCUUUCGAGGAAUUAUGCAUUUUUACCUAGCGAUGUGCAAGAAAGUACUUCGAGCUUCGUACUAACGUAUAGCGUAAGUUUGAGAUAUUAAUAAGCUUCGAUUGUUUCUACCGCGGUUUCUAUCGCGAUUAGCAGCAGCGUUCGAGAUAUACGACCACCACCACGAGUAACUCAUGCGAUGGACCCUUUGUAAUGUUCCUUCCAAAUAUAGCGCGAGCACCGCUGCGACCAUAAUAAAUUUAAGAGCCAACAAACUCAACUCGCCCAGGCGGCUGCAGUGUUCAGUAGAAUCCAUCGUAUCUCGCUGCGGAUUGUACCCCGCCAUCCCCGUCUUUCGCGUACACACAUGCAUAUACGCUCAUACACACGCCUGUACACGAGUCCAAACGUACGGUAAUUUAAUGCAGGACGCGCAAUUGUCUCGGAGAAAAGAGAGAGCGAUCCUUUACGUCGUUUUAUCCUCAUCCUCGUAAGGAUGACACCGGCGCGCCGCGACGGGCUUCGCCAUUAGUUAUAAUGUACUUGUACGGUGGGUGACACAUUAGAUACAUACGAUACAUACAUGUAAAAAUACGUAUACACACACACACACACAUACACACACACACAUACACACCGUACAAAUCGAAUCCACCACUGUCUCCACCCUGCCCUUUUAGCCCAGCCCCGUAAUUUCAUUUGUCAGUCGAUCUCGCAUCCCCGAGUGCACGUAGGUGAACACGAUUCAACGAGAGGAAACACCGUAGGGCAAAAUCUUUUCUCUCUCUGAAAAGGAUCAGAGGUAGAAAGAGGGAAAAAAAGAAAAAAAAAAACAAAAAGAAAACUAAAGUAGAACGAGUGAGACGAAGGAUCCUAAGACAAAAAAA